AUGCGGACUGCUUCUACAAACAUUGGUGAAAGACUGUGCAAUAAGUCCAUCCGUGACAUUUCCUGGCUACUAAAUAUUCCACACUCACCUGUUAGUGGGAUUAUAACAAAGUGGAAGCAACUGGGAACAACAGCCACUCAGCCACCAAGUGGUAGGCCACGUCACAUGACAGGGCGGGGUCAGUGCAUGCUGACAGUCUGCUCUGAGUUUUUAAAAAACUGAUGAUCUCCAGGGAUUUUCACGCACAACCAUCUCUAGGGGAAUCAAGACUCAUCAGACCA